AUGCGCGAGGUAUUCGAGGCGUUUUUAACUGAUCCGAUCUGUGUCAACGAAGACGUUUUCGCUUUAUGGCUUGAAGGCCAUAACACGAGUGAAGCAUUAAUUGCACGACUUCAGCUCCCUUCGCCCGUGUCUAUGCCUUUUUUAGGUGGAGACGCAGCCGCCAAACUGCGAGAACUUCUAUGGCGUGAUACAGUGGACCAAUAUCGCCUUUACGAUAAACUAGAACACUAUCUCUCCCAGCCAAGUCUUUUCCGCUCCCAGCUUCUGUUCCAAAUUCCGCCAUUACAGCAACAAUAUAUGGUAGAAUGCUAUUAUACACGUGAUACAGACGUUGACCGGUGGCUAUUGGGGAAAAAAUUCUCUAUGCGUCUGGAAAAAGAUCUAGACGGCGUUGCGGAGCAUUCAGGUCGUACACUUAAAAGUUGUCGACGACAAUUAGAGAAUUUACGACGUGUAUACGCUGCUAUAGAAGAUCGCAACUUUACUGGCCUUCCAUGUCGUAUCAUAAGUGAGCUCUUUGUUCUCUCCGAGUCACUAGCCUGUAAAUAUGCCUGUCUACUUUUUCUAUUACACACAAGAUUCCAAGUGCAUCCACAACACCCCAUUACAGGAUUUUUAACAUGGAUUGACUUGAGCUUAAUUACUACAAUGAUUAUGACACAUUGGAUACCACAACGAAAGCUGCUUACUACGCUUCAAUAUAGAAAGGAGACAGUCAAAGAUUCAGUGGUGAGUAAUGGCGCCCAAAUUGUGUUACGAUGUCCAAGUACGAAAGAGUGGCCGAGGAUUGAAUUUCUUCAGGAAAGACUUCAGCCAACAAGUGUGAGAGAAACCAUUGGACUGGAACUUAGUCAUCCAUUGACAAACUGUCUACGUGAUCUAAAGGCUCAUCUAAUUAAUGACAAUGAUGUUUUUGGGAUGUAUCAAGAAAAGGUUAUAAGUUGGUUACGAUGUUCUGCUACAGCGAAUGGAACACUAAGCAGAUAUUCCCGUAGCUUAAACAAACUGGAGAGCAACUUGCACCUUGUGGUCCAUGGCUUUUUGACGAUUGGUGCAGGUUUAUCACAACCUAAAGAACUUCAGCACUUUUUGGAAUAUUUAUUUACCCGCGUAUUGCGUGUUUUACAUAAUUGCGCGAUGACCAAGUCGUUACUUAAUGAAAUGUUUACCGCGUUGAUUGAUGCGCUCAUUGAGCUGGACGUGUGGUAUCUGAACGGACAAGAAUCGCGUGAUCCGUCAUCUCUGGAGGUUCAGAGGGACUGGAAAUCUCGGCAGAUGGUGGUGAAGACACCACAUUAUCUGCCCACCGAGCCUGAGAAUUACAAUGUGUUGUUCUCGUAA